UACUCGACUGAACGUGGAGCAGACAAAAAACUGUCAUGUGAUUGUGAAAUCCACUUCUGAUCCACCCAAAGGCAUGCGUAAUGAGACCCUUCACCCCUUCAUCGAAACGGUUCAAAAACCGCAGUUGAGGGAUUCUCCAACGAAGAGCAGUCAGUCAUGCACGAAAGGAAAUUCUUUUUUUGACUUUGUUUGUACCUUGUCUCAAAGGGGAUGAUCCUGGAGGUCCCUGGAGGUGGAUUUAAGAAAGUCCACAGGGCUGGAUUUUAAGACUGAAUACUUUUAGGUAAAAUGACCUUGGUAAUGUAAUGUUUUUCAUUUACUUCACAGUUAUGCCAACAAGUGAACCAGCUAUCAAGCCUACAACAGCUGCAGCUGCCGAGAGUUAUACGGUUUUGGUUGGUGGAACACACUCCAUAUUAGUUAACAUAACUAGUAAUAAUCAACACGCUGACUUCUACUACCUAAGUAGCUCACAUUCUAAGCGCAUCAUCAAGCUUCCAAAAGGAGAUCAUGGCAAUGGAACUUGCUAUCAUAAUGUCAUUCAAUGGCGAAAGUGCCAAAAACAUUAUGGUCUGAGAUAUUUGGGGGAAAAAGCUAUAAUCAUCCAAAUUAAGGAGGCAACUAAGUCAAUGGAGGACUGGUAUGGGUUAUAUGCUUACUGUCAAGGAUCAAACCAUAAAUGUGAUACUGAGCAACCCAUGAAGAGUUUCAUGUUGAACUUUGAAGAUAAAUUAGAGUCAACAAAGGUGACAACUGUUGAGACAGGCUCAGACCCCACAGAACCCGUUUCUUCAGGUAAGAAGGUGUAACUGAUGAGGUAUAUG